CUACUGAUAGGAAUGGAAUAAUGGAAGUAAUCCUUUUAUAAUAUCAUUCAGUGAAAGAUGGCCACUAAUAAAUACAAAUUAACAUCUCCUUAUACAAGACAAAGUUUGGAUUGUCCUCCAGAAGAUGAAGUAUAUAAAACCUAUUUAGAAACAACCAAAUUUGAUAGUUCGACCUCGGAACCUUUCGGUGUAGCAAUUUUUGGCAUUGGUAGGGCAGGUUCAAUUCAUUUAAUAAACCUUGCGGAGAAUAGAAGAGUAGACAUCUUGUAUAUUGUUGAUGACGAUGUUAAUAAACUAGAUAAAAUUAAAAACUAUUAUAAAAGAAGUUUAGAUAAAACGGUUUUUCUCCAAAGCAAAGAUCAACAGCAAGUGUUUGAGGAUACUGGUGUUGAUUUUAUUGUGUGUGCUUCCCCCACAUUUACACACGAAAAUAUAGUUAAAAAUGCUCUACAAAACAAAAAAGCAAUUUUUUGUGAGAAACCAAUAUCUGAGUCAAUAGUUCAAUCUAAAGCGUUAUUCGAACUCUCUGAGAAAGUGCAGCGAAUUCUAUUUAGUGCGUUCAACAGGAGAUUUGAUGAUUCGUAUAAUACCAUAAAGAAAAAAGUAAUGCGUGGAGAUAUAGGCAGGGUAUUAACAGUGAAAGUAUGUAGUAGAGAUGGAUGCCCCCCUCCACUUGAUUAUCUGAAAACUUCAGGUGGAAUUUUUCACGAUUGUGCUGUUCAUGACAUCGAUCAAGUCAUUUCAGUUCUUGGUGAGUAUCCAACCAAAGUAUCCGUAUUCGCUGAGGCUAACAUACCAGAAAUAGCAGCAAUUGACGAUGCUGAUACCGUCAAUAUAAUUAUGUCAUUCGAAAGUGGUACAUUGGCAAUGAUUGAUCUCAGUAGACAAUGUAUUUUUGGAUACGAUCAAAGGUUGGAAGUGUUUGGAGAAAAGGGAAUGAUUAAAGCUGAAAAUAAAUCUCCCAUGUCAAAUCUUGAGGAAUAUCAACCUGGAGUAACCAAAAAAUCACCCAUUUAUUAUAGUUUUGCAUCCCGAUAUCAAGAAGCCUAUCGAAAAGAAAUGGAUCAUUUCAUGAAUGUUCUUGAAGGAAAAGAAGAACUUAUAAUUACCAAAAAAGAUCUACUAGCUGUUUCCAAGAUUGCAGCAGCUUGUGAAAAAUCUUGGAGAACUGGCCAAGUCGUAUUUUUAACGUGGACUGAAGAGGAACUACACUGAACACAAACAAAGAGUUCUAAAUAUGACAGAAUUGAAUCAGAAAUAUCUCUGUAAAUUAAUAUAUGUUUGUUAUAUGUUAAAAUCAUAAAUUGUUUUAGCUAGUAUAAA